AUGCCUCCCGCCGCCGAGCUGCAGCCCCAAAUAAAUGUAAACGGCCACCACCAUGCCAUUAAAAAUACAAACGUAACAAUGCAGGAAGUUUAUCCAGACAAAUUCCCAUGGUUAUCUCAAUAUCCCAAGCUCUCAGAUGAGAUAGCACUUGAGCCAUGCGAUUAUAUCGCAUCAGCGCUUUCGGGGGGUACCACCAAGGCGUUAAUCGAUGCCCUCAACAUUUGGUACGACGUUCCGGAAAAAUCUCUGGAAACCAUCAAAAACGUCAUCUACUGGGUUUUCAUUGGGACUAUGAUAAUGGAUGAUAUCGAAGACUACACAGACAUUCGACGGGGACAGCCGGCGACACACGCGGUGUUUGGAAUGCCUCAGGCGGCUAAUUCUGGAUGCUAUUCGCUCGUUAAAGGGAUUUUUGAGGCCCAGAAGCUGUCGCUCUCCGCUGUUGCCAUCUAUCACGACGAACUUCGUGAACUUCAUGUCGGACAGUCUCUCGAAAUUCAUUACAGAUUUCAUGUAAAGUGUCCAUCCGAAGCGGAAUAUAUUCAGACCAUUGAUGGAAAAACCGCGGGCCUUUUCAGAAUGGUAUCCAGACUGAUGAGGGAUCAGGCUACCCAGAAUAAGGAUCUCGAGGUUGAGGAACUUUUCACCCUCAUCGGCCGCUUUUACCAAAUCCGCAAUGACUAUCAAAAUCUCAAUUCUCCAGACUACGCCGGAGGGAACGGCCCAUUCGCCGACCUCGACGAAGGCAAAUACUCUCUCAUGCUAGUCCACGCCCUCAGUAACCAAAAAACAAACCUCCAACUCCAAAGCCUUCUUCAACAAAGGUCUCAACAGGGAUCUCUAACCAGGCAACAAAAAGAUUUGAUAAUGAAAAUCAUGGCGAAAUCGAAAAGUCUAGAGUAUGCUGCGACGGCGCUUGAAGAUCUAUACGUCGAAAUCGAUACAAAGUUGGGGCAGAUAGAAGCUAAGCUUGCGAAGAAAGGGUUUAAAACCUCCGAGAACCGGAUGAUUAGGGCCAUCAUGUCGAGGUUGAGGUUAUCCAAACCCUCUCCAAAAGCAGCAUGA